AUGGAAGGGAACAAUCCCGCGUACUAUCACUACAUCCCUAAGGGACAAUUCCCGAUACCUAUCACCACAGGUGAAGUUAGCAGCUUUCCCUCUAGCUAUAGCCCCCAGCCACCCUCUUGUCUGUAUGAGAGCAAACCAACGAUCCACAACGAGGACGCCGCAGGGUAUGGUCAAGCUACCGGUCUACAGGUACCUGAUGGGCGGGGAGAUGACGGGCUAGCUCUCCAACAACAAUACGUCCAACUCCACGGCGCCACAAUGCCAAUGCAUUCUCCAACGAACCCUCAGGACUUAUCUAGGCCGCUGGCUCUGGCCCAGCAAGCUUGUAGCCAGUCACAACAGUGCGACGGACUCCCUAUACAUUCUCUCGGGUCCCAGCAGCCGAAUUAUCCUCGAAUGCACGGUCUUUCGAUGGCGGCCCACCACCCCGCAAUGAACGGUGGCCAGGGGCAGUGCCACGGGCAGCUAGGCCACCAGCCACUUUACACCAUGGCGUCUGAAUAUCCAAUGUCCUCAGCUAAGAUGUCCAAGAAUGUUAAUGUUGGCCAGAAUCUUCAAUUUCCAUGGAUGAAAACUACUAAAUCUCAUGCUCAUAUGUGGAAGGCAAACUGGCCAGGUGCUUCCUUUGCUGAUUUCGAUGAAAACAAACGAACAAGGACAGCUUACACUCGAGGACAACUACUGGAACUGGAGAAAGAAUUCCACUUCAAUAAAUACAUUUCCCGUCCCCGCCGAAUCGAACUAGCCGCCAUGUUGAAUUUAACGGAACGUCACAUCAAAAUUUGGUUCCAAAACAGGAGGAUGAAAUGGAAGAAAGAGGAAGCAAAGAGAAAACCACUGAAGCAGGAUGCUGAUGGUAGCGACGUCAGCAGUCAAAGUGACAUCAUCGCCAACGAUGAGAAGAUUUUACCCGAUUCAAGAACUGACCACGAUGAUAUGAGCUCGAUGGCCGGCGAUUGUGGUAUGGAACGCGCUGCGCAGGCGGCCACGCAACGACAUCUGACGAACCACAAUGCAACAUUAGAAAGGCGAGACAAUUCGCCGUUACAGCACGCAUGCGCGUCACCGAGUAGUGAAGACAGUUUAGAACUGACGAAGAAUAUGAACUCGAUGUCAUCGAAUAUCAGACCGUCACAAGUGAAGCCACAAAUUAUUGAUGCUCAGGCUUUUUGA